GUCGUUCCAGUUGCGUCCAACCUCCCAAGGCUCCCAGUGGCCGGCCAGUGCUCUCGUACGGUGUGGUGUUAGUGUAGUUGUCCAGCUAGACUGGGUGAAAACAGCUUGAGUGUUACCAUGGAAGCUCAGAGGGAGAAGUUGCUGUCUGAAGAACCACUUCUUCAGAAUUCAAUAGAACGUAGAAUUGACAUCAAGGGAGUCAAACACCAUACCACCGACAGUUGGAGAGCAUGCACUUACAUCUUAGUGACUGAAUGCUUUGAGGAGCUAGCAUACUAUGGGAUCCAGUUCAACCUGGUUACUUUUCUCAAGAACGUGCUACAUGAAAAUAACGUUACCGCAGCAAGAAACUACACGAAUUGGCAGGGGACUUGCUAUAUCGCACCACUUAUUGGAGCUAUCAUAGCAGAUUCCUACUUGGGCAGAUACCUGACCACAUUGGCUUUCUUCAUAGUUUACCUACUUGGGAUGGCUACAAUGUCCAUUUCAGCAUCAUUCCCGACUUGUGCCGGACCUGACUGCCUGCAGGAUGGUUCUUCCAAGUCAUUCGCGUUCUUCCUUGGCCUCUACAUGAUGGCCAUAGGAGCUGGUGGCAUCAAGCCCUGUGUCUCGUCUUUCGGCGCCGACCAGUUCGAUGACAGCAUCCCUGCCGAUAGGCUGAAGAAGGAUUCCUUCUUCAACUGGUUCUUCUUCGCCAUCUACAUCGGCAGCUUCGUCUCGGGCACCGCUGUCGUGUGGGUGCAAGAUCACUACGGAUGGGUCGUAGGCCUUGGGAUCCCAACUCUGUUCAUCGCGUUCGCCAUCGCGACCUUCAUGUUGGGUUCCGGUUCAUACAGGGUCCAAAAGCCUCUUGGGAGCCCCAUCGUCGGAGUUCUCCAGGUCAUCGUUGCAGCAGCUCGCAAGUGGGCUGUCAGAGUGCCGCACGAUGAUUCUCUUCUACAUGAAGCGCCCGAUAAGGCAUCAAUGGUGGAUGGCCAUAAACUGCAGCAUACACCAGAGCUCAGGUUUCUGGACAAGGCUGCAGUGAUCUCAUCAGACGAGGAGCUAGCUGAUCCAUGGAGGCUUUGCACGGUCACGCAGGUCGAGGAGCUGAAGGUAAUCGUCGGCAUGCUCCCCAUCUGGGCCACCGGGAUCGUAUACUUCUCCGUCCUGGCGCAGUUCUCCUCCACGUUCCUGGAGCAGGGCAGGACGAUGGACAAGCAGGUCGGCGCGUUCGCCAUCCCGCCGGCGUCCCUGGCGUCGUUCGACGCCGUCAGCGUCAUCUUCUGGGUGCCCAUCUACGACCGCGUCCUCGUGCCGGCGGCCAGGCGGCUCACCGGCAAGGAGCGGGGGCUCUCGGAGCUGCAGCGUUUCGGCGCCGGCCUGGUCCUCUCGGUCCUGGUGAUGACCGCAGCGGCGCUGGUCGAGACGCGGCGCCUGGCGCUGGCGCACGGCGAGGGCCUGUCGUCGAUGAGCAUCCUGUGGCAGGUGCCCCAGUACUUCCUGGUGGGCGCCAGCGUCGUGUUCGCGUGCGUUGGGCAGACGGAGUUCUUCUACAACGAGGCGCCGCCGUCGAUGCGGAGCCUGUGCUCGGCGCUGGCGCUGCUCACGGUGGCGCUCGGGAGCUAUCUGAGCUCGCUCGUGGUGACCGCGGUGGCCUGGCUGACGACGAGGGGCGGCGAGCCCGGGUGGAUACCCGAUGACCUCAACGACGGCCACCUCGAUCGCUUCUUCUGGCUCCUCGCGGCGCUCAGCGCGCUCAACCUGGCGGUCUUCGUGUGGUGCGCGAGGCGGUACAGGCGCAAGAACGUUUAUUGAGGGGCAAUUCAGUGAGUCCCUCUGCAAAAAUAAAGACUAAGUAGGAUCAUUUGUGUAUCUCUCUCUUUAGGGCGUCUAAAUUCUUGUAUGAAUCCAAGUGUCAUGAGAUCUCAAUUCUGCACUAUUUUGUUCUAUUCUCACAUUUUAAGAAUCCAAUGUUCGGAGGAGCCUCAGUCCCUCUUCACUCUC